AUGUCGAUUGCAGAAGAUGUGAGCGCAGGGGCGGUCGACCGAGGCGUCGCCGAGGUGGCUCGGGAGUUGCCGACGCGAGAAAGCAUUGUCCUGCCUCGCUUGUUCCUUGCACCUUCCGUUCCGCGCGACAAAUGCUCGUUCAUCCUUCUCUUCUCGGUUGUUCUGGAGGCUGCUGGCUACACACGCCUUUACGACCAACACAAGUUCCAUUCAUUCAUCAUGGGUACUAUCAUCUCUGCGAUCGUUGGCGCCAUCGAGGCCGUCAUCUCGGCCAUAGCCAGCGUCAUCAUGAUCAUUGUCAGCGUUAUCGCGACUAUCAUCGUCACCAUCUUUGACAUCAUCUUCGACAUUCUCUGCUGCAACUGCUUUGGUGGGCGUACACGUCGCACCGGAUCGCACAGAUACAGAUGGGGAAUGGGGAGAGGGGGAAUGGGCGCGUCGUACUGA